AUGGUUCUAACAUAUAUUUUGUUUAGGUGGUCAGAAAUAGCGAAGAAUCUGCCAGGACGGACAGACAAUGACAAAAAAAACCAUUGGAAUACCCGUCUGAAGAGAAGAUUCAAACGCACCAUUGGAAUCCCACGCAUGCCCGUUACUCGUGCAUUAUCUUUAUACUUUGCUGUUCUCAAUGCCCAAGCAAGAAUAGGCAGAAAUUCGUUGAACCUUGCUCUCACAGAAAAUUUUAUCCGUGGCCAUAUUUUACUAAGUUCUUCAUUCCAAUCCAAUGAGAUGGUAACAAUUAAAGAUGAAUCUGAUUCCCUCUAUAAUUGGGUAUCAAGUGCAUAUAAUGGCUCUGAUGAAGCAGCAUCAGAUAUAAUGGCCAUUUAG